GUAAGAUAUUAGAAGUCACGCAACAAAAUUUACGAUUUUCUUUAAUUAUAGGAUGCCUUGAUUUAAGACAAUCUGAUGAAACUGAUAGGUUCGUGAAUUGGAAAGAUGAACCUACCACGUACCUGAACAGGCUCGAAGAUGUUAGCUCGUAGUACGUCAUCGCGUCGGAGACGGGCUUCUAGGAGCGCCGCUUCCUCUCCCCAAACUCGUGGAUUGACUUCGACAACCCCAGCUGGUAGACGAGCUAGUAUCGCCGUGAGUCCCGCGGAUCCAGACCAUCUGCGAAACUCUUUGGUACCGGACAUCGUCAGGAGCCCUAGAAACUCGUUGAUACCGGAUAUAUCCGAAACGCAAGCUUUAAGAGAGUUAGGAAAAUCCGAAAGAGCUUCUAGACCCGCAGGUUUAACACCAGAAUUUGAUAGGAGUCCAAGGAAUAGUUUGGUGCCAGACACUCAAAAAAGUCCAAGACAUAGUCUAGUUCCGAAUGAUUAUCGUUCGGAUUUCUCUUUGAGUCCUAGAAAUAGUAUCUCCGUACCAGAAUAUAAUCGUAGUCCAAGAAAUAGUCUAGUGCCGGAACAUAACCGGAGUCCUCGCCACAGUUUGACGCCAGAAAAUAACGUCUACAAUUCCAAACUGAGUGUUAGCUCCGAGUUCAAUCGUAGUCCAAGAAACAGUUUGGUUCCAGAUAAUUCUCGUCCAUCCCGAAGAACUUUGCCAGAAAAUUCAAACUGGAGACCAGAAGAAACAUCCAUCCGCAGUCAUCGACAUCACAUAACCUCUGAAACGUCCAAAAAGACCCAUCCAAGAGAAGAAUAUGGAUGCGAGCAGGACAGAAGCCCCAGGGGAAGUAUCGGACCAGAAAUUGAUAUUGAAAACCGUAGCCCUCGAGGUAGUUUGGCACGAGCUAAUAUAGAAGAUUGUGACAGAAAGAGUCCUCGCGGUAGUCUGACACUUACUUUUCAAGAACCCCUUACCGUUGAACGACGAGCAAGUACAGACAAUGCAGGAAUUCGUAUCAGAAGUACGUCUCCGUACAGAUCAAGAAGUACAGUUGCAGGAUAUUCCGGAAAUUAUGGAUACAAUGAAAAUGGAUCGAGAAGGGCCAGUAGUUCUGUCAGCCAGGUUUCUGGAGAUGAACAGCGACGUUUAUGUGUGGACCAUAGCAAUGCCGAGACGCAAAGCAUGAAUAUCGCUUUAUCAUUAACGACUUACGGAAGUGUUGCAUAUCAACUGAAAGACGCCAACUUGGAAGCUAACGGGACCUGCGACUUUGUCUGUAAGGCGUUGAAUAUAGUUAAUAAGACUGUUGUAGUAACAAUUGCUUUGGUGUGUUUGGCCAUUCUACCAAUAUUUAUGCUUAUUAUGGGAAUCCAAUUUUUACGAGAUUGCCCAAGAGAACCAAAUAUACCAAUAUACAUGAUAGUAGGUGGUACUGUUGGAUGCAUCAAAAUGGCGCUGACCCUAUGGUCUCAAUUUCACACCAGCAGGACGGUGAACUCUGCAGCCGACGCCACUUCCAUUAUAUCCAAAGUGGCAUCCAUAUUUCUUACGAUUCUUCUGUUGGCCUGGUUUGCAUUGGGAAAUUAUUGGAUUUUUAAAAUUCAAUGGCCUGAUUACGCGCCUACAUUAUAUGAGCCCAACAAGUGGUGCCACAAAACCCUAUAUGUUUUCUCGCUAGUUCACUUGUGCGUUGUAUAUACCCUUCUAGGAUCCAUUGUGAUGCUUGUGAUUAUUCUUGCUACUUGUCAAUUAUUUGGAUGUUCUUGGCUUGGACCAGCUAGGUACAAAUAGCAAAACCCGACAGAUUAUUUUGAAUUAUGGGAUGUACCAAGGACUUAUCAUUAAUAAUUUGCUCAACGUAAAACUAAUGUGACAGCUAUAUUUAAGAUGUGUUAGAG